ACCGCCAGAGAGGCACCAGGGGCAUUCGCGACGGGAACGCGCCUGGGCCGUCGAGGCUUGGCCGGGGCACUGGCGGAGACGGCAACGGAGACGGCUCAGAAGAAGAGGCGACAAGGACGGGAAGGAAGAACAAACGGGCCACGAGCAGGGCAGGAGAAGGGGAGGGGUACUCUGACGACAUGUCUUUGCUAGCAGGCCACGGCGACGAGAACAGGGACGAGAGAGAGCGAAGCACGGAGGGGGCCGGCACGGCCAGCACGGCGCCGGCGAUGUACCCGCAGCUCGUGUUGGGUCUGAGUGGGCACGGGAACGUAAACGUAAACGUAAACGGGCACAGAAACAGCAGCGGGCACGGGAACGGGCACGGGAACGGGAACCCCAACUACAGAUACAACAUCGAGCUGGCGAGUCGGGCAAAGCUCUCGCCGAUCUCUGCGAGCGGCGUGUUCUCGAGGUACAACGUGUUCAGUCCGUUGAACAACAGUAACAGCAACAGUAAGGAUAGUAAGAGCACCAGUAAGCGGGGACGCAGUCGUCGGAUCGCCGUCACGAAUGGCGACAGCGGCGGCGACAGCGGCGACAGCAGCUACAGGAUGCCGCCGACGCCGUCGGCGGCCAGCAGCAGCAGAAGCAGCAGCAACACGGUCGAGGAGGUCGCCGCCGGAUACGGCGACAGCAAGGAGGGGUCGUCGGCGCCGUUCAAAAGGUUCAGGAACCCGUUCGCCAGCUCCGUCGUGUCCUCGUUCGGCACGCUGGAGCUCUCCGGAGUGACCAAGGGCUCCUUCACCACCAUCAGCAUCUCCACCAUCGAGACCGCCGAGCAGGACGCCGGGAAGUACGCUGCCGGCGUCUGCAGGGGCAGCAGAAACACCACGGUGCGGGCCAACGCAGCCCAGGACGAGCGGCUCGACCGCAUCCUCCGCAUCGCCAAGAAGAUGAUGGGCGACGAGUUGAUCGAGGACCUCAUCGCCUCCAGCACACCUACCGUCCGGCCACAGACGCACAGACAGCGCCGCUUCGGCUUCCCCGCCGUCGCCCCGGGCAGCGGCGGCGGCACCAACGACGACAAGAUCGAGAGCGUCGGCGAGUUCGUCGAAACGGUUAUCGAGAGAGAGCUCACCUUCUGCUCGUGGACCGCCGAGUUGGCCAUCCGCCAAGACUUCGCAGGUCUCGACAGCUUCAGCUUGAACCACGCCGUCGACAACAGCCUCACCAGCAGCCUCGACGGCUUUAGUCUCGGCGCAUUCGGCACCGGCGUCUCCACAGGAACCGUCGUCCGCUACCUCCAUCGCCACGACCCCCGACAGCAGCACGACGGCCAGCGCCAGCUCUCGUUAGUCGACGUGCUCAAGCCCCGCAAACGGGAUUGGUUCCUCCGACUCUUCCACUGGCACCACCACCACCACCACGGCCACCACCACGGCCACCACCACGGCCACCACCACGGCCACCACCACGGCCACCACCACGGCCACCAGCGCCUGCAGCGGUGUGCGGUGUGAUGUAUGUAUGUAGAGUUAGAUAGAAGCAAG